AAUGUUUGCUUUGAACUGUCAUGGAUGGGUUAAGUUUAUGGUAGUUCAAAAUACAGUGAUCUGUGAUUGGGUGCAGCUGUCACAUGUUAGAGCAGUCUUGUGACCAGGGGCGGACUGACAACUCAUGGGGCCCCAGGGCAAUAGGGGAUCAUUUGGGGCCUCUGUGUCCUUUCCCAAACUCAAAGCCUAUGAAAAAGGUACCAGGGGCAUCUCAUGGGGCCCCCUACUGACCCUGGGCCCUUGGGCAGUGCCCGAGUUUCCAAAUGGUCAGUCCGCCCCUGCUUGUGACUUC